GACAAAAAUAUCAGUGAUCAUACUUGUGUGCUUGCUUGCUGGUCUAUUUGACUGCCAGGCUGAAAGCAACGAGAGUGAGACACUCACUAAGAAGACAGUAGAAGGCCUGGCAGAGAAUAAUGACAACCAGAAUUUCAAGCAAAGGCAAGAAACAUUAGCUAUUUCGACAUCAAACACAACAACUACCCAGGUAGGCUGUGAACCACCAAUCUAUAUGUUGUGGAAGGAGCUUGGGGCUUUGGGAGAGCGGCUGGAUGCCACUGUGAGAGCCUUGGAGGAAACAAACAGAAAGCUGGAGACCAGUGAGAAGGAGCUGGCUGCAUUUACCAGCACUGCGACUGAACUGAGUACAAUGGUUCGAGGACAGCCUCGGGUGGCAUUUUCUGUUGCCCUGCCAGUAGAUGGUACCCUUGGUCCUGUGACUACUCUUUACUCUUUGGUGUACCACCAUGUUGUGUCAAACAUUGGGAAUGCCUACAGCCCAAUCACAGGUUAUUUCACUGCACCAGUGCCAGGAGUCUAUUAUUUCAGCUUCACUUCUUACUGGUGGGGAGGGGAUGGAUCUUCUGGUGGCAGUUUGUACCAUAACGGAUAUCAAGUGGUGUCAUGGUAUAAUUGUGAACAACCACACAACACCUCUGGAUCUAACAGCGCCGUACUGCAUCUACAAGUUGGGGACAAAGUGAAUGUUCGUCUUUGGGAAGGUCUGAAGAUCAGUGAUAAUGUAAAUAACUACUCAUCAUUCAGUGGAUUUUUGCUUUUUCCCAUUUGGAGUGUAUGAAAAUAUUAUGAUUCCAAAUAGAUCAAACUUUUAAUAAUGAUUGAAAGAUUAUAAAAUGUGAUGUGACCUUCUGCAACUGUAAACACUUUAUGUUCUGUCUUAGUUAAAAAUGGGAAUGCAGCUCUUUUUUUCAGAGAUUUAUA